AUCAACUCGCUCACAUGCUUGUGACCUGAUGUUAUUAUGCAGAGGGCAAUGACUCUUUACGAAAGCCUCUCAGCUAUCUACCUCUCCACCCACACCUGAACUUACUCUAAAAUUAUCUGCACUGGCCAUGUCCAUGCGAAGAGUAGUGUGUGGAAUAUCAGGAGGAGUAGACAGUGCCGUAUCGGCGUUGCUGUUGAAGAAGAAAGGUUUUGAUGUGGUUGGUCUGUUUAUGAAGAACUGGGACAUUCGAGAUGAGCGAGGCAAAUGCUCGGUAGAUGAGGAUAGAGAAGACGCAGAGUUUGUGUGUCGGACUGUCGGUGUCCCGCUGUAUGAGGUGGACUUUGUCAAGCAGUACUGGAAUGAGGUUUUCAGUGAUCUUGUCAAAGACUAUGAGAAUGGUGUCACCCCGAAUCCUGACAUCUUGUGCAAUCGUCACAUCAAGUUUAACCAUUUUGUGCACCACGCGGAGACAAAGCUUGGUGCAGACGCCAUAGCUACAGGCCACUACGCCAGGACAAGUGCAGGCUAUGACCUGGAUAGGAUUGACCCAGAUGUUGGUGUGUCCCUCUUGUGUGCUAAGGAUGAAGAGAAGGACCAAACGUUCUUUCUCUCUCAGAUACCCCAGUGGGCCCUUCAAAAGUCAAUUUUCCCUCUCGGAGAUCUUCUGAAACAUCAGGUGAAAGAGAUUGCUACAGAGGCUGGCAUGGAAAGGAUUGCCAGAAAGAAGGAGAGUAUGGGCAUUUGUUUCAUAGGAUCCAGAAAUUUCCACAGUUUUAUAGAAGAGUACAUCGAGCCAAAAGAAGGAAACUUUCUGGAUGUGGAGACAGGAGCUGUUGUUGGAACACACAAAGGCUCUCACUACUGGACUCUCGGUCAGCGCUGCCACCUGCCUGGUUUCCGUGCUGCGUAUUUUGUCUGUGAGAUACGCCCUGAUACCCAGGAUAUUCUUGUGGCCCCUGGCACUGGUCAUCCCGCUCUCUUCACGGACUCUUUCCUCUCUGGGCCCGGUCACUGGAUACAGGGACCACCAAAUGCGGCCAACCCAGACAGUGCAUUUCACGCUCAAUUUCGGUUCCAGCACCGUCAUCGCCUCAUUGCUUGUUCGGGUGUAGGAAAUGACGCUGGAGGUUAUUCUAUAUCACUAGAGCGACCGAUGCGAGCAGUGACUCCUGGUCAGUACGCAGUGUUUUACAGAGACAACACGUGUCUGGGAAGUGCUAGGAUUGUGCAAUUAGGACAGACUCUUUUCGAUAGGAAUGUCAAGGACACAGUGGUUUUCCCUAAAGAUUUGUCCUGACGUUAAAUAAAUGUAUAUAUAAUUAUGAACAAAA